AUGCAGAAGCUGCAGCUUUGUCUCCUCUUCCUCGCUGGCCUCUCGGGAACCGUGGCCCAGACAGACCUCUUCCGUAAGGUGUUUGUUUUCCCGAGAGCAUCCAACAACUCCUAUGUUAUCCUGAAGCCGAAGCCAGAGCAGCCACUGCAGAGUUUUACCGUGUGUCUGAGAUCCUACACUGACCUGCCCCGGCCAUACGCCCUCUUCUCCUACGCCACCAAGGCCUAUGACAACGAGAUCCUGCUCUUCAAAUCCAGCUCCGGGGAGUACAGACUAUACGUGGGGGGGGAAUUUGUGACCUUCAGAGUCCCAGAGACCCGUAUGGACUGGGAGCACGUCUGUGCCGGCUGGGAAUCCACCACGGGCAUAGCCGAGCUCUGGGUGAACGGGAAGCCCUUACCCAGGAAGGGGCUGCGGAAAGGCUACUCCAUCAGUGCCGAGGCUGUGAUCAUCCUGGGGCAGGAGCAGGACUCCUUCGGGGGCGGGUUUGAUUUAUAUAAUUCUUUUACAGGUGAAAUGACUGACGUGUACAUGUGGGACCAUGUCCUCUAUAACAUGAAGUCUAUAAUGUGGGGUGGGUCCUUUUCCCGCUACAUCUUUGGCUGGAAUAAUUUGCACUAUGAAUUAGUAGGUGAUGUGUUCCUGAAACGCAGGCUGUUAUUCUGA